AAAUGCGCUACAUUGUACAUCCACAUUAAUGCGGACUAACUAACAAUUUCCAUAUUUUAGAUAAACUUGCAAAAGUUAUUGAGUCUUUUAAACAGAACUUUCAAAUACUUUUAUUGGCCAUGAAUACUAAUUUCUGAUUAGUUUUGUGUAAUAAUUACUUAACAUGAAAGAUAACUUACACGCUUGCUUAUACGUUUUCCUAACAAAUCCCGUAUAAUAGAAAAACUUCUCAUCAGAAUUAUUAGUGUUUUGUAAGUAUAGGGAGUGAAAGCGUCUUCUCAUUAUAGUCAGUUAUUUUUUCGUUGAAUAGAAAUAUGUUUAAUAAACUAUUGAAAAUGUUUCUAUUGCUUUCGGCUAUUGUGUGCCUAUGCCAUCAGGCUGUCAAUGCCCAGUCAACGGGCAAAUGUGGUCCAAAUGAAGAGUUCACUAAUUGUGGUACUGCCUGCCCAGCAACAUGCGAUAGACCGAGACCUGAGAUUUGCACUCAACAGUGCGUUAUAGGUUGUCAAUGUAAAAAUGGUUUGCUGAGGAAUUCCGCUGGAAGAUGUGUGAGAUCAAGUGGUUGCUAAGUUAACAAAAACAAAAAAGAAAAUGCAUUUUUUAAUAUUUUCGAGAAUAUAAACAAUUGUUGCUUAAAAGUUUGAAAACUUUUACUUCACGCACUUGCAAAAUAAACGAGUACAUCGUCAGAAUACACCCAGCAGGUCAC